GGCGUCGGAACGAAAUUUGCAGCACCACCUCGAUGCGGAAUUAGCAAGCAAAAUGGUGUUAGCAGAGGAUCUGUCAGAGAAGCUGGAGAAGAUUCGAUCUUCUCCCAAGCUAGAAAAUCAACAAGAAACUGCCGUCGUGCUGUCAGCGGUUGAAGACACGCUAAAAGAGCAGAGCACUGAAUUCAAUCCAACCGCUUACUUUGCGGCUCUUCUGUCGCUCCUAGCUCAGUAUAUUGGGCCAGAGAAAGGGAUUGUCAACAAGGACGUUGCGACUUCCGUCGUCUACUUACUCGACUUGUUCACGCCUUAUGUGCCUCACCCGCUUUUGCGCUCGAAGUUUCAGCAAAUUCUGAGCAAUCUUGCCCCAGCUUUGGUACACACGGAUGCCGAAGCUCCACUACUGCGUGCCUCAAUCGGCGUCUUAGAAUCCUUGCUGGUCGUUCAGGAUGCGCAAGGAUGGUCGCAAACCCAAGAGGAGAUCAGUCCGCGCCGCGCUGUCGCUGGACUCUUGCGCAUUGGUAUGGAUCAUCGACCGAAGGUUCGCAAACGAGCGCUCGAAGCAUUGGGAAAGGUCCUCAACUCUCCGCCUCCGAGUCCGUCGCUGGACCAUCCUGUGGCAGGCAUGUGUGCAGAGACCGCUCUGCAAUCCUUAAAGCAAAUCGUCGAUGCUGGCGAACAGAAGAAAAAAAAGAACAAGGCACCGAAGGAGAAUCCUCAUGAGCCAAAUUUGAUCCACUCUUUGCAUCUCAUCAAAAUGUUGGCCACGGCAGGCACGGGCUGGCCAAGUCAAAAAAUUGACAGUCUAUGCGAGGUUUUGUUGACCAUUUCGCGAUCCAGCAGCCAGUAUCUCACCAUGUCUGCCUUUGAGAUAUUCGAGGUACUGUUCUCAGGAAUGACGGACCAGGUAUCAUCCGCCAAACUUCCUCACCUUGUGGAAGUCCUGGAGGAGUUACAACCUGCUCCUACCGACGCUCAACUUCUCCCCCCUUGGGUAGCGGUCAUAUCACGGGCAUACGAAGUGUCCUCGCAUGUUUACCCUACGGAGACUUUCGAGAAGCUGCCAACAGUCUUUGAGAAGAUAUCCAAGUUCUUGCUUUCGCCAUCCCACAACAUCCGCGUCUCUGCUUCCGAAUGUCUUAUCUCUUUCCUAGCCAACUGCAUUCCCAGCUCGGUCAUACUGGAGCCCUCAAUAAUGGACGAAAAAGUGUUGGAAAUGGUAGCAGCUAUUGCAGUUGAUUUGCUGAGCCUCAAGUAUCAGCAUGCGUGGAUGGAGGUUUUCCACGUACAUGCUGCCAUGUUCGAUUCUUUGAGGUGGCGAUCUGAUCCUUUGCUUCUAACAACUGUGCGAACCGUCGGAGAGCUGAGGACAUCAGGUGCCUUCAACGGCAAAAAGGAGGCGGAUGUUGUUCUCGCGAAAGCAAUCGGAGCGAUGGGCCCAGAAGCGGUUCUCAAAAUCCUCCCCUUGAAUCUAAUCGAUGCUCCGCCCAAUCAACAAGGUCGAGCCUGGCUACUCCCUCUUCUCCGCGACUCAGUCCAGAAUACAUACCUCCGACACUUUAGGGCCCACCUCAUCCCUAUCAGCGAGGCGAUUUUCCAGAAAGUCAUGGAUCACGGCGAGGCGGAGAAGACGAUGCAAAUCAAAAUACUGGAGACAAUUGUCCAGCAAAUCUGGUCAAUCCUUCCAGGUUAUUGCGAAUUCGCACUGGACAUCGAAGAGGCAUUCGACCAAACAUUUGCUGAACAGCUUGCGAACCUCCUAUACCAACAACUCGAACUUCGACAUUAUGUCUGCAAAGCUUUGCAGAACCUUGUGGACUGCAACGCCGAAAUUCGUGACCUAGAAGGUGAAGAGGAUCUCUUAGCUCAGUCGAGGAUAUCUAAAGCGCAAGCGCUUAUGAACCUCGAUCAUAUGGCAAAGUUCUCUGGGAAUCUUCUAGCGGUACUCUUCAAUGUCUACAGUCAAGCACUACCCAGAAGUCGAGGCGCCAUUCUACAGUGCAUCAAUUCCUACCUAAGUAUCACUCCGGAAAAGGACCUAGUCGACACGUUCGACCGAGUGGUCACGAUGCUUGAAUCAGCCCUAGCGGAGGCAGCCAACGAAAAAUCCAAAGGGCCACAGGAACAAGGAAGGCCAAGAGACAAGCUGCCUCCAACCUCUCACACAUUGCUAGACCUUCUCAUCACCAUCUCGGUCUACCUCCCUGUUUCUUCUCUUACGGGCCUUUUCGCUACAGCCUCUAAACUCAUUGUCAAUCCGGACUCGUCGAUCCAAAAGAAGGCUUAUAAGCUAAUUCCGCGACUAUGCGAAGUAGAGAACGGGAAAGCUAUGAUUGAAACACGUUGCUCAGAACUAUCAUCCGUCAUCCUUUCAGCUUCAGAAGCCACGCAAACCCCGGCUCGCCGUGACCGUCUACUAGCAAUUCAGGCCCUGAUUCCCUACCAGGACCGCCUCGAUCUGAGCUUCAUCCCGUCCGUACUUCCGGAAGUGGUACUAGCGACGAAAGAGGUGAAUGAAGGGGCAAGGCAAGCAGCAUUCAGCCUUCUCAUCACGAUGGGUCGCAGAAUGAUUGAGGGUGGGAAGAUUGUCAGAUCCCGAGUACCACACUACCUGCCCGAUACCAAGGACGAAGAUGCCAGCAUUGACGAAUACUUCACUAUGAUGUCAGCUGCACUAGCUAGCGACAAGCCCCAUACUGUUGCGGCCGCGGUCAUUGCACUUUCACGUUGCUUGUUCGAGUUCCGUGAAGAUCUGUCUCUUUCAGCAACAUCGGAUCUUGUCCAGACUGUAGAACUAUUUCUGGAACAGAAUAGCAAGGAGAUUGUCCGAGCCGUUCUCGGGUUUGUGAAGGUGGUAAUCAUUGGCUUACCUGAAGAUUUUGUGAGACCGAGAUUGCGCACGUUGGUCCCUGGCAUCCUUCGGUGGGGCAAGGAGCAUCGGGAACAAUUCAAAGCGCGUGUUCGCAGCAUCAUCGAGAGGAUGGUACGCCGAUUCGGUGCUGAGGAGAUUGAACGAUGCACUCCCGAGGCGGAUCGGAAGCUCAUCGCGAACAUUCGUAAGAUCCGGGAUCGAACCAAGCGUCAGAAAGAAGCCCAAGAUGAAGGUUCGGACGGAGAGGAGCACGGAACUUCCGCACGCGAGGGUGCUGGAAGAAAAUUUGCCAGCGAGUAUGAUGAAGCAGUAUAUGGCAGUUCCGAUGAAUCUGGUAGCGAGGAAGAAAGACAAGCCGCCCAUGGCAAAAGCUCCAGGGACAAACCCACCAAGGGGACAUUCAUCAUGGAGGAAGAUGACGAGCCUCUGGAUCUUCUCGACCGGCGAGCAAUGGGAAAGAUUUCUACAGACCGACCGCAGAACGCGCGCGAGAUGCUCUCAAAGCGACAUAAAGCGAAAUUCGACAUGGACGGCAAGCUCAUUUUCCGCGAAAACGAAGACGAGGACAUGCUCGACGACACCGAAGGCAAAGAUCCAGGGGAUGGCUCCCUUGAAGCUGGCAUCAACGCCUACGUUUCGGCGAUACGUGGUCAGAGCGCCGGUAGUCGAGGCCAGAGAGGCAAACUCAAGUUUUCCAGUGCGGGACGCCAGCAGAAGGGUGACGAUGGUGACGAUAUGGAAGUGGAUGAGACUGAGCUUGCAAGUAAGAUCCGUGACGAGAGGCGGGGUCGAGGAGGUGCUCGAGGAUCUCGUGGAGGACAUCGUGGAGGAUCCCGAGGAGGCGCUCGAGGAUCUCGAGAUGCUCGAGGUGGUGCUCCAGGUGGUGCACGAGGAGACUCUCGAGGAAACUCUCGAGGUGGUGCUAGAGGGGACUCGAGGGGAGGCCGGGGCGCCGGUAUGGGAGGGAGGGGCUUCGGUGGACGCGGUGGCCGCGGUGGGCGUGGUGGAAUUCAAAAAGCCAAGUUUCAGAGGAGAGGACUCGGCUUUGAUCGUACGCAAGACAGCCGAGUUUCUAAGUAAUGUGAACUUAGUAGACGAUAAAGUAUUGCUGCAUUUCUAGGCGCAUCGCCCUCUCCUUCUCGGACUGGCGUAGCGUAACGUGAGAUGUAUUCUGCCGUGGCGCGGCGGCGUUUGUCUUUUUUUUAGUCUUCAUGAUACCACUGCGUAUAGAAUGAAAUCAAUAUUGAUCCC